UGUCACUGCAAAAUCAUUGUGAAAAAAAGAACUUCAUCUAGGAGGAAAAAUCUUAUUGAAUUGUUAAGGAAAAAUCUAUUUAAAUUAAAUAAUUUUGUGAAAAAUGUUUGAAAAGUAAACAGAAAAGUGGGUAAAACUAAAAGCAGAGAGCAAGAAGAAAAAAAAAUCAAGGAAGAAAGAAUAAAAACGAAAAAGAAAACCUUUUCUUUUUGUAAGAAAAUAGGAAAAUAUUUUAAAUAUUUGGUAUUUUUUUAAAAAGUAAACAAAAACAUAAAAUUAUAAUAUAUAAAAUUUAAAACAAGUGCAAUGGAACAAAUAAAAGGCUCUUUGGGGAGCCAAAUGCAAACACAACAGCAGCAACAACAACAACAAAAUCAAUCAAAGAAAAAAUCUAAAAAUAAAAAGAAAAGCUCCAAAAAUGAGUCAAAUACAGCAGCGGUGGUGGUGGUGACAACAAGGUCUAACGAGGAACAAGAACAGCAGCCAAUUGAGGGGGUGUUAAUGGAAAAUGGUCUAACAGAUCAAUUGAAGCAACAGCUGCAUAUAGGCAACGACAACAACACUAAUAAUAGUUGUAGCAGUAGUAGUAGUAGCAACAACAAGGUCAAUGGCCUUAUGACAGAAAAUUUAAAAAAAUCUAAAGCCUGCCCUCCCACUACUACAACAAAUGAUAAACUGCAACAACCUGCUUUAAAUGGCCAUCAUAUGGAGGAGUCUACGUCAAUGCCAAAUGGUGAAAACUCUUGUCCACAACAACAGGCAGUGAAUAAGAAAUCAAAACGAAAACCUAAUAAUAAAAAAUUAAACAAUUCUCUAGAAGAUAAAGAAACACAACUGGAGAACGGACACUGCCCUGAAAUGGUAACAAAUGGUUUUAGCCAUCAGGAGCCACAACAAAUUUUAACAAACGAAACAAAACUUAAUACUGCCAUGACCGCCGUCGUCGCCGCCAACAAUAGCAACCAAGCUAAAAGCACACCUAGCAACAAUACUAAUGAAAAAACGAAAGCAGAAAGUUUAGAACCACAGCCUAAGAAGGAGAAACAAGAAGCAGAAAAUGAAACGCAAGCAAACGCUGUAGAGCCUGUAGCUUUAAGUAAAAGUCCUGAAUUGGACUUGACAAAUGUUCAUAUUGAGUACAAGGAAUAUGAGUCUGAAUUACAAAUGCAUGAUAUUAUGCGUUUGAUACAAGCUGAACUAUCCGAGCCUUACUCAAUCUAUACUUAUCGCUAUUUCAUAUACAAUUGGCCAAAAUUAUGUUUUUUGGCUGCCCAUGGCAAUGAGUAUGUGGGUGCUAUUGUGUGCAAGCUGGAUAUGUACAUGAAUGUGAGGCGUGGCUAUAUAGCCAUGUUGGCUGUGCGCAAAGAAUAUAGGAAACUUAAAAUUGGCACUACAUUAGUGCAAAAAGCCAUAGAGGCCAUGUUAGCCGACAAAGCCGAUGAAGUUGUUUUGGAAACAGAAAUGAGCAAUUUGCCUGCUUUGCGUUUAUAUGAAAAUUUGGGUUUUGUAAGAGAUAAACGUUUAUUCCGUUACUAUUUAAAUGGUGUCGAUGCUUUACGUUUAAAACUAUGGUUUAGAUGAGAUACUUAGUAAACGUAGAAAAACAAUAAUAACAACAACAAAAUCAAACAAAACUUGUAAAUCAUAAAAUAUUUUUCUUUUUAAAAUUAAGUUAUUUAAUUUUUUUUUUUUGCUAGAAGAAACAAACAAUUCAUUAACUAUUUAAAAACAAAAACAUUAAUAAAUUCAACAGCAUAUACAUGUAACAAAAACUAUACAUUUUCAUUUAAAUUUUAAACAAAACCAUAAAAAAUUAGGUUUUUUUUGAAGGAAUUAUGAAAAAAAUAUUUUUUUAUAAAUCUUAUUUUUAAAAAUAAGAUUUUAAUUAAUAUUUAAAUCAAGCUGAAAUUAACUCAUGUUUUUAGCACAAACUAAGUUAAAUAUUUUAACUUAUUUUUUAUAUAUAUAUUUAAUUUAAAUUAAAAGAAACAAUUGUGUGUAAAAUCAAAAUUAUUUAUGUGGAAAUACAUAUUUGGCAAGAAAAAUAAAAAAGAAAAACAACAACAAUUGUGGUGGCUUAAGAGAUGGAGAUGUGAUUUAGUGAAAAGAAGCAAUUAAUAUUUUGAUCUUAAUAAUAAAUCGUUGUGGCAUAAGAAAAAACAAACGUGAAAAUAAUUGCAAAACAAUUAAAUAAAAUUUUUGUAUAAAUGUGACUCUGUUAGUAGCUUGUAAAUUCUUUAUAUAAUUUCUUUAAGCAUUAAUACUUAAAUUAUAAUAAUUAGCUGCUAAUAACGUUAUAUAAAUUAUAAAAUCUAAAGUUUUUUUUAAACUAAUUUUGCUUUAAAAAAAAAUUCACACAAAAUUGAACAAGUUCUUUAGAAAUAUAAGACAAGUGUCUUAAAAUAAAUCCUUCCGUUUAAAGCUUAAACUAAUUUUGAACAAAAAGCUUAAAUUUUGUGCAAAUUAUUAAGAUUUUAACUAAUUUUUAUAAAUUUAAAAAAAAUUAAUUUUUUUUUUUAAAUUUCUUUAAAAUCUUAAGACUGAGUUAAAGAAAUGAUUGAAAUUCAUAUUAAGAUUUUGGAAAUUUUUAAAAUUCUUUUAUAAAAUGUUCUAAAAACUUUUACUAAUUCUUUCUUUAAUAAUUAUGUUGUAAAUUAAACCAUAUAAAGUGUUUAAAACAAAAUAAAAUUGCAAAAUUAUUUAAAACCCACAAAUAAACCAUUAAAAGCAUAUAAACUAAUAACAGUGUAAUACAUAUUAAUCAUUAUUAUAUAGAUAUUAUAAGUUACUAAUAAUAAUAUUGUUAACAAAAACAACAGAAAAAAAACAAAGAGAUUUAACAUAAUAAAGGGUUUUAGUUUAAGUCUAAAGCUCUUUACUAACAAUGCCUUUCUAUAAUAAUAAAACUAAUAAAAUAAAAUCUAUCUCUUUUUUUUUUAACAACUAAAAGAAAUUUGUAAACAUUUAAGUGAAGAAAAAAAGUUAUUAACUAAUUUAGUAAUAAUACUGAUAAGUCUUGUCGUAAUGGUUAAAAUUCUUAGUAAGUUUCAUGUAAAUUUAAAUUGAGUUCGUAAAAAGAAAUGAAAAUAAACAAAUUAACUAAUA